ACCAACCUCCUUGACGUCAGAUAGUUGCCCUUGUAUGAGAGAGAUGUCGACUUCCUCGAAUUUGGGAUUUCCAUAAGCACAGGAAACAACUUUAGUACAUCAUUUACUUUUUCGUCCGUCGUUUCCAGGUGAAAUGAGUGUGUAUUCUUUUCUUCUCUAGGCUCAGCAUUCGACUUGCUUACCUUUUCCUGUAUAACCUGCUUCAGUUCUGUGGGCACACAUGGAUAUUUGCAAACAUGACAGCCAGGUUUCUCACAUUUGGUGGAGACGCGCUUGCUGACACCUUCUAUGCUGUGGGGGUUGUGAUGAGUCUAUGCCAGCUGUUGUCCGUGCUGGAGCUCUUCCACAUCGCUGAUGGGAUCGAGAAGGCGCGCCUUCUGCCACGGUUUGUUCAAGUUAUGACCAGAAACUUCCUACUGUUUAUGGUGAUAGUCAGUCAAGAGGAGAUCCAGAGUAAACCGGUUGUGUGUGCACAGUUUUACCUGUGGAAUAUUCUAGAUCUGUUAAGGUACCCCCAUGUUCUCCUGUGUUUGAUGGGCACGGAUUCCUUUGGCAUGCUGUGGGCUCGAUACACCCUAUCCAUCCCCAUCUACAUAGUCUCAGUCAUCACAGAAGGCAUUACCAUUCACCAAUCACUGCCUUACUUUGAGUCAUUGGGAACAUACUCAUUCCAGCUCAGCCUGCCGGUGUCUGCAGGCAUUUACUUCCCUAUCCUCCUGAAGGCAUACUUACCUUUACUGGCUGUUGGGGCUUGUGUAACAGUGUGGCAUUCGCUGAGGGCGAGAGAACUGCGUCUUGACAAGUGGAAUAAGAAGAUUAAAAGGAAAUGAGGUGGA